AUGUGUGAAUGUCUGAUGCCCAUGGUUCCAGACGCACGGUGGCGGCAGGAGUACGUGCGCGCGCAUGCGGGCUGGCGGCUGGCGGCGCGGCACGGCGCGGGCGCCAGUGUACUGCACGGGGCGCUGGGUGCGGGCCGCGGGGGCGUGCGCUUGGCGGUGGGCUGUGCUGACGCCAGUGUGGCGGUGUGGGCGCGUGGGCCCCGCGGGUGGGUGGAGCGGGGCCGCGCGGCGCUGCGGGGGCGCGGCUGGGCCGCCGUGGCGCGCGUGCAGUGGCCCGCGGUGGGCACCGCGCGCCUCUUGGUGGCGGGCCCGUUGACACUAGUGCAUGACUGGGAGUUGCUCGUGCUCUCUGUUGAAGGUGCUCAAAAUUUGGUCAUAUUUAAACAAAAUCGAUUUGACGACGGCUCGCUGGGAGCCGUGGCCAGCCGCGUCCGCUGCAGCGCCGGCGCCGCGGGGUGCUGGGCCGACGCGCUCGGACACACCUUCUGCUCGCUCGAGCUGCGCCGCCUCGGGCCCGGCCUCUACUGCACCACUGUCUGGCUCAACGCCGCCACGCAGGAAACUGACUCGGAAUAUGAAGGAGUGACGUCACCAAUGCUGAGAAUUUACAACGAAGAAAGCCAGCACUUGACGCACGCGGUCGUGACGCGCACCGAGCCGCGCCUUCUGGGGGCGGGCGGCGGGCGCCAGCUGGUGGCGGGCGGCGGGCGCCGACUGGGGGCCUGGCGCGUGCUGGCGCCACGGCCCGCGCGACUCGAGGCCAGCGCGGCGGGCGACCUGGCCGCGCGUCUGGGCCGAUUGCGCGCACGGCGCGCCCAGCCCGAGCCGGAGGAGGCGGAGCCGGACGAGGCCGAGGUUCGCGCGGCGUGCGCUCCGGCCGUGGGCUGGUGCGGGCUGCCGGCGCCGCUGGUGGGGCUGGCGCUGGACGAGCGGUGA